UUAGAGACUGCAGAGUUAUUUAUGUGAGUCCUACCUUUGAGAAACUUGGAGGUGGAGGCGUGGAGCCUCCGACUAUUUGUUGUCGAUUCCUUCAGUUUUACAAAACGGGAAAACAAAACGUAGAGAGAGAGAGAGAGAGAGAGAGAGUUUGAGUUGUGUGUGUGAGAGAGAGAGAGUUUGUAUGAGUUUGAGUUGUUUGUGAAGCGUCAGGAAGAUUUGCUUCUUGUGUCCGUCGCCCUUGAAACGAUUGAUGAUUUCUCCUGGCUUGGUUUCCUCAUAUUCAGUUUGCAGCGAUGCAGCUGGAGUCGCGGGGAACCUUUUUGCCUUUGUGCUGUUUGUCUCACCAAUACCCACAUUUAGGAGAAUUGUCCGAAAUCAAUCGACAGAACAGUUUUCAGGAUUGCCUUAUAUAUAUGCCCUCUUGAACUGCUUGAUCUGCCUCUGGUAUGGCAUGCCCAUUGUAACACCUGGUAUUAUAUUGGUUGCUACAGUCAAUUCCGUUGGGGCAGUUUUCCAACUUAUCUACAUUAGCAUCUUCAUUACAUAUGCUGAAAAAGCAAAAAAAGCAAAGAUGGUGGGAUUAUUGUUGGCAGUUUUUAGCUUAUUUGCAGUAAUAGUACUCGCAAGCAUGAAGUUAUUUGACUCUUCUACAAGGCCAAUCUUUGUUGGAUAUUUGAGCGUUGCUUCUCUCAUAUCCAUGUUUGCUUCCCCAUUGUUUAUAAUUAAUUUAGUGAUCAGAACAAAGAGUGUUGAAUUCAUGCCCUUUUAUCUUUCCCUUUCAACCUUCUUGAUGAGCAUCUCUUUCUUUGCUUAUGGGAUGCUUAAGUGUGAUCCUUUCAUUUAUGUUCCAAAUGGAAUCGGAACUAUUCUGGGAGCAGUACAAUUAAUUUUGUACUGUUAUUACAGCAAAACAUCAAGAGAAGACUCAAGAGAACCUUUGAUAGAAUCAUAUGCUUGAGUGUAUUUGUUAGUAAUUAAUCCAACUUGCAAUUUGUUUGUUAUACUAUUGCGAGGCAUUUUUUUUUUUACCAAUAUUAUGUUUUGAGGUAUCUUGCAUCAUUUGUUGAUGGAAAAGUUGGAAGUUGGAAUUGUAAAUCUUCACAGAAACAUGUUUUAUUAUUCACUGCAUUUAAUAAAAAUAAAUAUACAUCUUAUGAAAAAAUGGAUAUUUUGGUA